AAACAGUAAAAUGAAACCCCGGAAUCAGAGAUGUCUCUGCACUUCCGAAUCGCAGCCGGAAGCGGAUACGCAAGGAAUUAAGUGUGAGCUACUGGGUACCCGUAGCUCAGAGUUUCACGAUAAGGCACAGGCACCGGAAGUAGCCGCCCAGCUUUGCUCCAGCCCUGUGAGUACAAACUAUCCGGCUUGGGCAACCCGCGGUCAGUAAACCACUAGGAGUCUGACCUCAUGGAGGCAGGACACCCUCUCUCGAGGCGGGGAAAUUUGUGGUGGUUGGAGGUGGCAUCGCGGGUGUCACCGGUGCUAAGCAGUGCACUGUAACAGGAGAUGGCAGUCAGUAUGUGUAUAAGAACUUUUUGUGCUGGAGCUAAAGCAAAAUUGAUACAUGAAGGAAAUCCUUUUGUAUCAGGAACCCAGGAUACAGACAGUGCUCAGUGAACGUGGGGCUCGAACUCAUCUCCCCAAGAUUAAGAGCCGUAUGCUUUACUGACUGAGCCAGCCAGGUGCCCCUCAAGGGGUGUUGUUUUAAAGUCCUCUCUCGCCUUUUUCUUUCUUUCUUCUAUGCAUUAUCACGAAAUGCUAUAGAUAGCUGGUGGUGAUUACAUUUGAGAAUAAAGUUUGGUUUGUAUUUUUGUUUUUAGAGGUAUGGCCUACAUAAUUGACCAAUGAAAAGAUAUACAGCUGCAAUUUCAUGGUCGGUGCUACAGAAGUUACUCCAAAUAUAGAACCUUUUCUCUGUGGCAACAAUUUUGAUGUAGGCGAGGAUGGUGGCCUGAAAGUGGAUGAUCACAUGCACACGUCUCUCUCUGAUAUCUAUGCUGCAGGUGACAUCUGCACUGCAUCAUGGCAGCCCAGCCCAGUGUGGCAGCAGAUGAGACUGUGGACCCAGGCUAGACAGAUGGGGUGGUACGCAGCCAAGUGCAUGGCUGCAGCUACUUUAGGACAAUCUACUGACAUGGACUUCAGCUUUGAACUUUUUGCUCAUGUAACAUUUUUCAACUAUAAGGUUGUACUACCAGGAAAAUACCAUACAUGGGGCUGAGGUUCAGAUCAUGAAUUAAUGCUGAGAUGUACCAAAGGACAAGAACACAUCAAAGUCGUCAUGCAGAAUGGGAGAAUGAUGGGAGCUGUCUUAAUUUUAAAUCAUAUGGAUCUUUCAUCAUAUGAAGAAGGUCUGCUAGAU